AUGUUUGGCCAUGCUUCAAGGAAGAGUGAUAACACUAGGUAUUAUGGGGUUCUUGGUGUUUCAAAAAAUUCAAGUGCAGAUGAGCUCAAGAAGGCAUAUAAGAAAGCUGCUAUCAAGAAUCAUCCAGACAAAGGUGGAGAUCCUGAGAAGUUCAAGGAAUUAGCUCAAGCUUAUGAAGUUCUCAGUGAUCCGGAAAAGAGAGAAAUCUAUGACCAAUAUGGUGAAGAUGGUCUUAAAGAGGGAGCGGGAGGUGGUAGUACCUCACAUAAUCCAUUUGAUUUAUUUGAAGCAUUUCUGAAUCCCCGCUAUCGUUCACAUGUAAGGAGGCAGAAGCAAGGUGAAGAUGUGGUGCAUACCUUAAGGGUUUCUUUGGAGGACUUGUAUAAUGGAACAACAAAGAAACUCUCUCUCUCUAGGAAUAUUUUGUGUCUGAAAUGUAAAGGGAAAGGCUCAAAGAGCGGAACAUCAGGGAGAUGUUAUGGAUGCCAGGGUACUGGAAUGAAGAUUACAACACGGUCGAUUGGAUUGGGAAUGAUUCAACAGAUGCAACAUGUCUGCCCUGAAUGCCAAGGCUCAGGUGAGGUCAUCAGUGAGAGAGAUAAGUGCCCACCGUGCAAAGGGAACAAGGUUACUCAGGAAAAGAAGGUUAUGGAUGUGCAUGUGGAGAAAGGGAUGGAGCAUGGCCAGAAAAUUGUGUUUGAGGGACAGGCUGAUGAAGCUCCGGAUACAAUUACAGGAGACAUUGUUUUUGUAUUGCAACUCAAGGAGCAUGCCAAGUUCAAGCGAAAGCUUGAUGAUCUUUAUGUAGAGCACACUCUCAAUUUGACUGCGGCCCUUUGUGGGUUUCAGUUUGUGUUGACCCAUCUUGAUGGCAGGCAGCUUCUGGUCAAAUCAAAUCCUGGGGAAGUCAUCAAGCCUGGUCAAUCAAAAGCAAUCAAUGACGAGGGCAUGCCACAUUACCAGAGGCCAUUCAUGAAGGGCAACCUUUUCAUCCAUUUCAAUGUAGAGUUUCCAGACUCUGGGAUUCUUUCUCCUGAUCAAUCCCGAAAUUUACAGACAGUACUAUCCCCCAAGCCAAGCAAGCAUUUGACUGACAUGGAGCUGGAUGAGUGUGAAGAAACCACCAUGCAUGAUGUCAACAUUGAGGAUGAGAUGAGACGUAAACCAAGACAGCAGUAUCGGGAGGCGUAUGAUGAAGAUGAUGACGACGAUGAGCCAAUGCCACGGGUGCAAUGCGCCCAGCAGUGA